AUGUCUUCACUCAUCAACAAGGCGAAGGAAGUGCUUCAGAAGAAGGAUAAUGAUGUCAAAAUUGCUGGCAGCAAAGUCCAUGGUAUCGGUUAUGGCUUGAUGGGCCUUACCUGGAGGGAGAAUCCUCCAACGCAAGAACAGGCUUUCGCUGCAAUGAAAGCAGCGAUAGACAAUGGCGCGAACUUCUGGAACGCUGGCGAGCUCUAUGGAACUCCAGAGCGCAACAGCUUGCACUUGCUGAAUGAGUACUUCACGAAAUACCCCGAGGAUGCGAAGAAGGUUGUCAUCAGUGUGAAAGGUGGCCUUGUGCCAGGAGCCCUGAAGCCGGAUGGCAGUGUCGAAAACACGAAACGCAGCAUUGAUGAAUGUCUACGAGUUCUGGAUGGCAAAAAGAAGCUUGAUAUCUGGGAGGCUGCUAGAGUUGACCCUGAAACCCCAAUCGAGAUCACAGUUCGCACAGCCAACGAAUACGUGAAGGCUGGAAAGCUCGGCGGCAUUUCCUUGUCCGAAUGCAGUGCCAAUACUAUCCGGAGAGCAGCAAAGGUCGCGAAGAUCGAUGCCGUGGAAGUCGAAUUCAGUCUUUGGGCAACUGAAAUUCUCGAAAAUGGUGUAGCGGAAGCUUGCGCAGAGCUUGACAUUCCCAUCGUAGCAUACAGUCCGCUGGGACGUGGUUUCCUCACAGGCCAGAUCAAGAAGCCCGAUGAUAUUCCGGAAGGUGAUAUGCGCAGACAUAUGCCGCGCUUCCAGCCGGAGAACUUCGAGCAGAACCUGAAGCUUGUAAAGGAGAUCGAAAGCCUGGCUGAACGGAAAGGUGUCAAACCAGGCCAGCUCGCCAUCGCCUGGUGUCGUGCUCAGGGCAAGAAGCCUGGCAUGCCAGCGAUUGUACCGAUCCCCGGCGCGACCUCUCCCGAGCGCGUGAAAGAGAACUUAGUUGAGGUCGAACUCAGCGAGGCUGAUGUCAAGGAACUCGAUAGCCUGAUCGCCAGCGUGGAGAUAGUGGGUGGUCGUUACGGAGGACACGGCGAGCAGCUGCUCUAUGGAGAUUCAGCACAGCUGGAUGAGUAAAGCCGGAGGGCUGUCUAAGGUGACUGCAACGAUAGUCAGAUUCAUUUCCUUGCCGAAGAUGAGGUCAAGUGCGACAGGAUAGGAACUACAGUCAGCUCAAGUGUAGUUUUAGUUUGUCGGCAUCUGGCUGAAGAGCCACCGUCCUAAGAUCGGGACUUUCAACCAUACGC